AUGAAGCUUCUGCUGCUUCUGUUUGCCUUCUACGGGUGUGAAGAAAAGUUCUGUCUAGAGAACCCUAAUAAACCACAAUACAAUGGUGGGAUCAUUGUGAACCCUGACCUACAAAAUGGUACACAAGGCUGGUCACAAUUUGGAAACGCCAAAGUCGAUUUCAGAGAAUUUGGAGGCAAUAAGUUUGUUGUUGCACGAGAGAGAAACCAAUCGAAUGACAGCGUUUCACAGAAGGUUUAUUUGGAAAAGGGACUUCUCUACACUUUCUCUGCUUGGUUACAAGUAAGCGAAGGAAAUGCUCCCGUGGGAGCCGUUUUCAAGAUGAACAGUGAAUAUCUAUAUGCGGGUUCGGUUGUUGCUGAAUCCAAAUGUUGGUCCAUGCUCAAAGGAGGUCUUACUGUUGAUGAAUCUGGUCCUGCAGAACUCUACUUCGAGAGCGAGGACACAAUGGUUGAGAUUUGGGUUGAUAGUGUAUCGUUGCAACCAUUCACACAAGAAGAGUGGAACUCUCACCAGGAGCAGAGCAUUCUCAAGGCGAGAAAAGAAACCGUGAGGAUCAAAGCCGUAAACAGCGAAGGCGAGCCAGUACCAAACGCAACCAUUUCCAUCGCACAGAAUAGACUAGGGUUCCCAUUCGGGUGUUCUGUAGAAAAGAACAUACUUGGGAACAAAGCAUACCUAAACUGGUUCACUAAAAGAUUCACUGUGACAACGUUCGGGAACGAGAUGAAAUGGUACAGCACGGAAAGAAUAAGAGGCCAAGAAACUUACUCGGAGGCAGACGCAAUGCUGAAACUCUUCAAGCAGCAUGGUAUUGCUGUCCGUGGGCACAAUGUUUUAUGGGACGACGGUAAGUAUCAACCUCAAUGGGUGAAAUCUCUGUCUANUAAGGAUCUUUACAAUGCCGUGAAACAAAGGGUUUCCUCGGUGGUUUCGCGAUACAAAGGCCAGCUUUUGGGUUGGGAUGUCAUGAAUGAGAAUCUCCAUUUCUCUUUCUUUGAGAGCAAGCUAGGUCCUAAUGCCUCGAAUCAAAUCUACGCGAUGGCGCAUGCAAAUGAUCCAAAGACAACAAUGUAUAUGAAUGAAUAUAAUACAUUAGAGCGACCAAUGGAUUUAGCUUCUAGUCCAGCAAGGUAUUUGCAGAAGCUUAGGGAGCUUCAAACUAUUCGGGUUGCCGGAAAAAUUCCUUUAGGGAUCGGUCUUGAGUCUCAUUUCGGUAUUCCUAACAUUCCGUAUAUGAGAUCAGCUCUUGACACUCUUGCUGCCACUGGUUUGCCUAUUUGGCUCACUGAGGUCGAUGUCAAAGCUCCUCCAAAUGUCCAGGGCAAGUAUUUCGAGCAGGUCCUAAGGGAAGGCCACGCGCAUCCGAAAGUGAAAGGAAUGGUGACUUGGGCAGGUUAUAGUCCAUCAGGUUGCUUCGUAAUGUGCCUCACCGAUGGAACCUUUAAGAACCUACCCACCGGAGAGGUCGUGGACAAACUUUUGCGUGAAUGGGGAGGGCUUGGUGGGAAAAGCACAGGUUUAACUGAUACUGAUGGAUUUUUUGAAGCUUCACUCUUCCAUGGUGACUAUGGUCUUAACAUUUCACGUCCUUUCGCCAAUUCAAAAGUUUCUUAUAGCUUUAACUUAACUUCUGAUGACUCUUCCUCACCAUCUCCUUUGGUGUUUCGUGUUUGA